AUGUUUGUAGGAUUUAAUUGUAAUUGUCACAAUAUACUUCUUGUGCAAGCUUUAUUACCAAAUGAAAAUACAGAAUCUUACGUUUGGAUGUUUAAAGAGAUAUUAAAAGCAACUGAUGAGCAGUCAGCUGUUAUAAUAACUGACACAGAUUCUACAAUAGAUUCCACAGUUUGCCAAAAUUCACUUGCAAGUAAUUAUGAAAAUUUUAUUGAAGCUUUUUAUAUAUGUAGAAACAGUCUUACAAAAGAAACUUUUGAAAGAAGGUUUGAAGAUCUUCAUCAAAAUUUUCCUGGAACUAAAAAAAUUCUUAUGCCUAUUAUAUUACAAAAACAACGUAACGAAAUUAACCAGUCUGUUUAUUAUAAAGUUAGUAAACUUUUGGAUGAUGAUAUCAAGAGACUCUGUAGUAACAAUCAAAAAAUAGAAAUAUCUGAUGCAUUAGUAGCAGAUAUACAACAAAUACUGCUAAAAGAACUUAUUCAUUUAGUAGAAGAAUUGAACAAUGUAAUUGAAGUAUG